AUGCUGUCUCUUAUUACCACAACCUUGUUGUCGGCCGCAGCUGUGGUCUCCGCUUGCACCCCGCCAACUGAGCCUCUUUCCAACAACAUCACCACUGGCUUCAGAAUCCAAGUUCAAAACCCUUCCGCGCCAAUCGUGCACAACCGUUACCUGAACUUGUGGGCGGCAGGAGGAGGUGAUCAACACCUGUAUCUCAGCCCUGCUGGAGCUGAUGCUUUUGACCUGACUCUCGUCAACGGCGUCAUCUCCAGAGGUAUCAUCCAUGCGGUGAUCAAUGGAGAAUACACCGCCGAUGACAACACCACCAAGCUCUUCAUGACUCAGCGUGGGGACCCCAAGGCAUUCUUCCAACCUAUCUACGGCUGCAACCCCGAGACUGAUGCCGUACAAAUCGAACUGGAUUUCAUCUCCAGAGCCGCUCUGCCCGGUGGCUUCAUCUGCGUCAGAAGUGCAUCUGGUGGAAGACACGAGUUCCGCUACUCUCCUCCUGGCAACACCGUGAUUCGAGAGGACCGCCCUUGCUACGAGGUCACUCUGGCUCUUGUUCCAGCUUCCACUUCCUAG